AUGUCUUCCGACGACGCCUUCAAGUUCACGCGCCAGUCAUCGUGGGAGACGUUCUCGGCAGCCGCCCACAGAGAACUUGUGCCGCCUCAAUUCGCCUCUCAGCUGCAGCAUCUUGCAUACAACGACAAGUAUGUCAUUCACUUCGACUUCGGCGACGUCGAUGACGACUCGGCCGCCCAAGGGUUGGCCACCCUCUUGAGUCACCUCGAAGCAGUAGGGCUGCAUACUGAGGUCAGGGCAGGCCAUGACCAGUCCCUCUUGGUCUUCGUCAAAGCCCCGCGCGAGAUUCUGGGCAAUGCCGUCUACAAGUCCAGGGUGAGGGAUUGGCUCUACGGCGUUGUUGCCGAGCAUCCGGGCGGCGGAGGCCAGACCAUUGUCGAUGCCAAAUACGAGGCAGAAGACCUCCUUUCCAUGCAUCACUUGCUGAGCUGGCCAAAGGAGAUGGGCGGCGCAGGCAUCACCCCCGGAUAUGGACAGUUCAAAAACGUUCAAUCCAUGUUUCCACUCCAUAACCCGCGCACCAGCCAGGCCCUACUCCGCUAUCUCGGCAAGAAGCUGAUUCUCAGAGACAACGACUUUGACCAAAUCCGCGACCUUCUCGGCGCAAAGGCGGCGUUUUACUUCGCCUUUACUCAGACAUAUAUCCUUUUUCUCAUCUUCCCAGCCAUAACAGGCCUGCUAGCGCGGGCCUUUCUGCCGUCCUACUCCCAGUUCUAUACGAUCUUGACCGGACUGUGGUGCACAGUCUUCGUCGAAUACUGGAAGCUGAAGCAGACGGACCUGAGCAUUCGUUGGAAUGUCAAGGGAGUCGGCAAUCACACGACCGACCGCCCGCAGUUCAAUUACGAAAAGGUCAUCGUGGACGAGGUCGGCCGAACGAGACACUACUGCCCCAAGUGGAAGCAGAUUGCCCGCCGGCUCGUGCAAAUCCCAUUUAUACUCGUUGCUGCGCUGAGUCUGGGAGCCUUGAUCGCCGUGAUGUUUGCCAUCGAGAUUCUCAUCUCGGAGACGUACGAUGGACAGUAUAAGUCCUACCUGGAAUACCUUCCCACUGGCCUCCUCGCUAUCUUCCUGCCGUACAUCAGCAAUUUCCUGGAGGGUGCCGCUGCGGCCUUGACCGAGUUCGAAAACCACCGGACCGCCGACUCUCAUGAGCGGUCCCUGGCGCAAAAGGUCUUUGUGCUGAACUUCACCACGCAGUACCUGCCCAUCCUGCUCACCGCAUUCGUCUACGUCCCGUUUGGCGACUUAUUCGUCCCUUAUCUGGAACGCGUCAUCCGCUAUGUCCUCAGCGACGCCGUCAAGUUUUCCGACAUGCCCUUCCACGCCAACCCGAAUCGCCUACAGCGCGACGUCAUCGCUCUGACAGUGACGGGCCAGAUCUCGCAUUUUGGCGAGGAGUUUCUUUUUCCCCUGAUCAAGCAAAACUUGCGUUCUUGGUAUCGCAACUACCGAAGCUCAAACUCGGUGGCGAUCGCCUUGGAUGGCAUCUCUCAGGACGACCAUCCAGAGGAAAAGGCGCUCCUUUCGGCUGCCCGCAGCCAGGCUACCCUACCGCCGUACGACGUGCAGGCCGACAUCUCGCAGAUGGUUCUUCAAUUCGGACAUCUCGCGCUUUUCAGUCCCGUGUGGUCGCUGAUGCCGAUUGGAUUUUUGAUCAACAACUGGAUUGAGCUGCGUUCCGACUUUCUCAAGAUCUGCAUCGAGCACCAGCGUCCCCCGCCGGUCCGGACAGACGGGAUAGCCGUUGCGCACAUGUUUGGGCCCAGCGUGCUGAACCUGGGGAGCUCUAGCAGUGUCCGCUGGUGGACUCUGCCGGUCACAAUUGUCGUCAGCGAGCAUGUCUUCCUGGCCGUAAGGGCCAUGGUGCAAGUGGUGCUCCAGAGAAUCGGGUCGAAGCAGAUCCGCAAGGAGAGGGACACAAAGUACCUGAUAAGAAAGAAAUAUCUGGACGAACUCGAAAGAAAUAAGAGCGAGAUGCUCGGCCUCGGGGUAGAGCAGAGAGAGCGCCGCAAGUCCGUCUUGAUGACCGCCGGCAACAUGUUCUGGAUGAGACAGGUCGAGGAUGGAAAGAGUAAGGCGGUUGGCAUCCAGCUCAUCCAGAUGCUCCGGAAACCUACAAACGGGGUGGUGAAGGGCAGCGAGAAGGGCAAAAAGGAUUAG